AUGCCUGACAGGGAUGAGCAACAGCACAACUACUACGAUCGAUACCUCAAUGCUGAAGUGCUGCUUGCUAGAGGGGACAAGAUGGUAACUAGAAAGGUCACUGGACAAAAGAGGGAAGCAGACGGAAGUCUUAGAGGAACUGGGCAUGCUGUCCCAAUGCUGGACACUCGCAUGUAUACCGUUGAGUUCUCUGAUGGGGCGAAAGCCACCUAUGCAGCAAACGUACUUGCUGAAGGAAUGUACCUGCAAUGUGAUGAGAACGGCAAUCAAUUCCUCCUGCUCGACUCCAUCAUUGACCAUAAAACAGACAAAACUGCAAUCCAACCUGGGAACGACAGAUUCCAAUACCAUGGACGACUUGUCCAGAAAUGUACAACAAAAGGAUGGCAGCUUUGUGUCCAAUGGAAGGACGGUACCACUACUUGGGAGCAACUGUCUGAUCUCAAGGAAUCUUUCCAAAGUGAGGUUGCUGAGUAUAGUUGGUUUUCGGUUCUGGCGGACAUCAGACAAGCGACAGGCUUGUCGUCGUCCAAACCGAUUGACAACUUUGUGGCCCAUAAAGCCAACAUUGCCAACCAGCCGUGCCAACAUGCGACCCAUCAAGUCGUCAUGCAGAGGCACCGACCAUAG